AGAACCGAGCCGAAACCCAGCAGCGGGAUUCCCUGGACAAGCCGGUUGAGACUCGAGAGGUUGGUGGAUGGACGACGGCAUGACGAAUCCGGAUCUGCUCCGCCGCUAGCCUGCUUCCUGCCACCGGCGCUGCCCCGGCCGGCGCCCAUCGCCGGCCGAUCUCUUUCUACUAUUCUACCCGCGCCUCGCUCUUCGACCCCUUCAUGGCGUGAUCCGAUGAUAGCAACAAGAGCGCGACUUCCCCUCUCCCUGACGGCGUCGGCGGCCUCCCUGUGUGGCGCGCGCACGAAGAGGAGGAGGAGGAGGAAAGGAGGAAGGCGGAGCCGCCGCCAUGUCCCCCAACCUGGAGAGCACGCUCAAGAGCCAGGUGCCGGCGCUGCUCCUCAGGCGCCUCUUCAGCGCGGGGGGUGGGGCUCGGCGGGAUGAGGCGGCGGCGGCGGCCAAGCAGCAGAAGCGGCAGAUGCCGGCGGGGAGGCGGCGGGUGUUCGUGCAGACGGAGUCCGGGUGCGUGCUGGGCAUGGACCUGGACCGCGGGGACAACGCCCACACCGUGAAGCGCCGGCUGCAGCUGGCCCUCAACGUGCCCACCGGCGGCACCUCGCUCACCUUCGGCGACCGCGUACUGGAGAACGACUUGUCCUCUGUCCGCUCCGACUCGCCGCUGCUGCUCACCAGGAACAGCAUCCACCGGAGCUGCUCCACCCCCUGCCUCUGCCCGGUCUCAGAGGACUUUGAGCAGAAGGACUGCAGCGGUUUGGUUGAGAUACUUGGAUCUUCCACCGUCAGUGUGAAGUGCCUCGUCGAUGAUGUGGCCACCGCCAUAAGGAGUGGGCUGGAUCCGGUACCCAUUGACAGUGGCCUUGGCGGCUCCUACUACUUCAGGAAUGUUGGUGGCGACAGGGUUGCCAUUGUGAAGCCCACAGAUGAGGAGCCGUUUGCGCCGAAUAACCCCAAGGGGUUCACCGGGAGAGCGCUUGGCCAGCCAGGGCUGAAGAAGUCCGUUCGGGUAGGGGAGACAGGGUUCAGGGAGGUCGCGGCGUACCUGUUAGACCAUGACAAUUUUGCAAAUGUUCCUGCAACAGCACUGGUGAAGAUAACACAUUCCAUAUUUAAUAUCAAUUGUCCGAUGAAUGGCGGCACUCCAGCUCAUGACCAGAAGCAUCAAAUUACCAGUAAGAUUGCUUCAUUCCAGCAGUUCAUCGCGCAUGACUUUGACGCCAGUGACCAUGGCACUUCAAGCUUCCCAGUUGCUGCUGUUCACAGGAUCGGCAUAUUAGACAUCAGAAUUUUCAACACUGACAGGCAUGGUGGUAAUGUGCUGGUGAGGAAACUUGAUGGUGGCACCGGCCGCUUUGGUUGCCAGACGGAGUUAUUCCCCAUUGAUCAUGGUCUGUGCUUGCCGGAGAACUUAGAGGACCCUUAUUUUGAGUGGAUACAUUGGGCACAAGCGUCAAUCCCGUUUUCCGAAGAAGAGCUCGAGUACAUUAGAAAACUUGAUCCGAUGAGGGAUGUUGAACUGCUGCGGAGAGAACUGCCCAUGAUACGCGAGGCCUGCCUCCGUGUCCUGGUCUUGUGCACAAUCUUCCUCAAAGAGGCCGCUACUUUUGGGCUUUGCUUGGCAGAAAUAGGCGAGAUGAUGACCAGGGAGUUCAGGGGGAUGGAGGAGGAACCCAGCAAACUGGAGGUUGUCUGCAUGGAAGCUAGGAAGAGGGUAACAGAAUGGGAACCAUUCUCCCCUGGGGUUGAACAAGGGGAGGACAUGGAUUUUCAGUUCUCGAUGGAUGUAUUAGGAGGGUACAAUGAUAUGAUUCGAUCACCAAGGUUCAAUUGCUCAGGCAUGAAAGCGUCCAACUUCAGAAAUCCUCUGACGAAACUUGUCGAGAGCAUGAACGAGGACAAUGAUGAUGAUGAAGAUCGAAAAGAGACCUUCAUGCAUUCAUCUAGCCGUAUCCCAUCUGCUCUGUUCAAUCCUCCCAGUGUUCACAGAACUACUAGUUUGAAUGGCAGUGCACACACCCUGAACAGGAGUGCGGACGAACAGCUUCCAUCGAGUAUGUGCUUUGUCAGGUUUGCGGACAUGAGUACAGAAGAGUGGCACGUCUUCAUUGAGAAGUUCCAGGAGCUGCUAAAAGAAGCGUUGGAUGAAUGCAAGGCGGCUGCAGGGCAGCGGAUGAAGCUACGGAUGGGCACUUCCUGCAAAUUUUGACUAGGAUGAUAGGGCAGCAGAGAAGAAAUUCUACUGUCACCUGUGUUGCUUAUGGGGCAAGUACUGCAAGAUAUAUGAUCAUAUGGGAAACACCUGCAACUUUGGACUGUAACUAUAUUUAGUUAUGUUCAUCAGGUAGACGAUAUCGAAGGUCAGUGGUGGGGGUGGAGAACAGCUACUCAUGUAUCCUAGUUAUGUUAAAACAAGUACUGUCUAAUAAAUGCUUGCCAGCUUGUAUAUAUUGCAUUAGAGGCUAAACACUAGAGUGCUAUUUCUUGGCUGUUGCUGAACAUUCUUUGUGUUGUGCCGUGAACAGUGUAAAUAUGCACCUCUGAUGUAAAUGCUUACCUGGUGUUGAACAUCUUGGAUGACAACUUGUGUUGCGAUGGUUCUGACA